UUUUAUAGCUCUUCGUGAGAAGGUCUACGUGCCCUUUAGAUGGGUAAGGUUUUCACAGUGGACAUGUUUGGUAGUUCAACUGUUAUCCUUCUUCUAUCUCAACUAAUCUUUGCUUCCUGAUAUAUCUUCAUUUGUUAAUGGGGUUUCUAUUUAUCGCUGUAGGAUCCCCACAACAAAUCACAUGGGUGUCUUCUAUCGUACCAUACCCCCCACAUAAUAGAGAUUCUGAAAAAAUGGCUAAAGAGAUCAAAGGAUCUCCUUUGGCAGCCUCUUUCGAUUAUGAGCUUUAUGAAGGAGAUCCUGAUCAUCUUAGAACUGUUGUUGCUGCACCUGCCCCAGCCGGUUCGUACAUUGAUCCUGCUUCAAUCAAACUUAAACAUAGGAUCGGGCGUGGAUACUUUGGUGAUGUUUGGUCAGCCACACAUCAUCAAUCAGCUACUGAUUAUGAUGAGCAUCAUGAAGUAGCUGUAAAAAGGUUACAUCCUAUAAAUGAAGAUCAGGUAAAGGCUUUCUUAAGUAAGUUCAAGGAGUUAUGGGUGAAGUUGAAGUCUAAACAAAUCCAAGGUGUUUGUUGGCUGCAUGGUAUCACUGUAAUAUCUGGAAAGAUCUGUAUAGUUAUGAGAUCCUAUGAGGGGUCAGUUGGUGAUAAAAUGGCUCGUCUGAAAAGAGGGAAGCUUCAGUUACCUGAUGUGCUUAGAUAUGGUAUUGAAUUGGCUAAAGUAAUACAAGAAUUGCAUUCAAUGAAUGUCUUGGUUCUGAACCUUAAGCCAACUAAUUUUCUUCUGAACGAACAUGAUGAAGUGUUCCUCGGAGACUUUGGUAUACCGUUUCUUCUUCUUGGAGUUCAACCGCCUGAUUCAGAUCUAGCAUUAAGGCGUGGAACUCCGAAUUACAUGGCUCCGGAACAGUGGGAACCUGAGGUUAGAGGCCCAAUAACUUGUGAGACUGAUGCUUGGGGAUUUGGAUGCAGCAUUAUUGAGAUGUUGACUGGUGUUCAGCCCUGGUUUGGUAAAUCAGUCCAUGAUAUCUACCGUUCAGUGGUGAUAAACCAAGAAAAGCCACAACUUCCUGGUGGCCUCCCCACUGCUAUUGAGAAUGUUCUCAAUGGCUGUUUUGAGUAUGAUCUCCGCAAUCGACCUCUGAUGGUGGACAUUUUGCAAGCAUUUGAAAGCUCGAAGAAUGCUGUUUAUAGUGAAGGAGAGGGGAGCGACAUAGGAGGAACUCUGUCUGACAAAAGCAAAACCUGUGGCUUUACCACAUGGUUCCUUUCAAAAGAUCUUCUUCAAGUGGGAGAUACUAUUCGCUCCAGAAAGAUGUUCAACUCCAGAAAUUCUCAAGAUUUGGCUGUGUUGGAAGGAAGUGUUGUUGGUCUCGAGAAAGAUACUGAUCGUGAUGGAUUUGUUCUGGUACGAGUCCCCAAUUUACGGAGCCCUCUUAGGGUAAAUGCAUCAACCAUAGAGAGGGUUACAUGUGGUUUGGCAACUGGGGAUUGGGUGCGCUUGGUCAAUGAAAGUAAGAAUCACUUCUCUGUGGGUAUCUUACACUCCGUGCAGCGUGAUGGAAGCAUCACUGUUGGUAUUUUAGGCUUGGAAACAUUAUGGACAGGACAUUCUUCUGAAGUCGAAAAAGUUGACCCAUAUUUACUGGGACAAUUCGUGCAAUUGAAAUCAAAUGUUGAAACUCCCCGGUUUGAAUGGCCUAAGAAAUGGGGAGGAGGAUGGGCUACUGGGAGAAUAUCACAGAUACUUCCAAAUGGUUGUCUUGUCGUUCAAUUUCCAGGUAGGUUGGUAUUCAGUGAUGAACCUAAUACUUUCUUGGCUGAUCCAGAUGAGGUGAUCGAAGUAUCGUUUGAUACAUGUCCUGGCAUUAUCAAAAAGUAUCAGCACCUCGAGGAUUUUCACUGGUGUAUUCGACCACUUUCUAUUGCGUUUAGCCUACUUACAGCAGCAAAGCUUGGUGUAUCUGUAGGUAAAUGCAUUAAUGCGAAGCUGAAGAAGGACUCGAAGGAUCAUCGUACUAAGGAUGGUGAGGUUGGUGGCAAGCCAGCCUGGCUUCGGCCAAAUAUCCUGUUUAAAGAAGGUGCUGCUACUGCUAGGUAAUCUGUACUUGGUAAAAAAUGAGUAAAUUUCGUAGCGUAUUUUCGAAGUACAGUAGCACAAAACUUUGUAUCAUAUGGAACUAAACUUUUUAUUAUGAUGAAUUUGUGAUAUGUAUGUACAUAUUUUGUUAAUGCAAAGCUCUGCAGAUAUCAGAAAUA